AUGGUACCCCACCCCCAAACCAUGACACAGUCAGCUAUUCUUUGUCUCCAGCGCCUUCGUAAUUGCGCUCACUACGGAGCCAUUGUUCCAGCUGGUGACUUGAAAAUUGACCAUUUUAUCAGACACUUGAACAGAUCUCUGUUUGAGGAGCUCCCAUUUCGAUUUCCAAACAAUCCAAAGUUUUGCAUCGAAACUUUCGUUCAUCGAAUGGAAAUCGAAGAGGGAGCUCCUCGAACGGAGACCUUUCAGCUGCAAGUUCAGACGGAGGCUGAGGGUCUCUCUCUAUCGCUUCAGAGAAGGGACGGUGUUCGUGAUAUUGACAUGGUGCACAUCGCUCACGGAGCAUUGCCGUCAACAGCACUGGAGGAGGACUUCACCAAUCCACAUGCCCCCCACACGGCCACGGUACAAGCACCAGUCGUGCCCACUAAGACACUCAUAGAAUACAGAGAGCAGAAAGCACGAAAGCAGAUCGUUGAGUUACGCAGCGUGGCACCGAAGAGUCUUUCUACGUGGAGGAUCUGGGGAGUCAGAUGUUGUCAAGCCUCAUCGACACUACAAUUAAAUCUUCUCGCCGGUCUCUAUGAAGCCAGCAGCAAUGGUGGAAAUUGUUUCUUUCAAGCCGGAAUUGAGCACCUCAUCUUGCGAAAUUUUGCUCCGCUGGAGAACUCGGCAACAAGUUCUCCAGCGGAAAAGGAAUCUCCAGUGUUCUUGGUUUCCUAG